AAAACAAGAGCUCGACAGGUAAAUCUCGAUGCCUUCCUAUCCAGCUCGCCCCCACACCAAUCCUCGCCGGCACGGCCUAAUACCCGUCAACGCAAGGCGAAGGCGAAGGCGAAGGCGAAGGCGAAGGCGAAGGACGACGACUUCGAAGGAGAUAUCAGGCCCUCGCGUUUACCUGUCGAUGAUGGCGAGGACGGGAGUCAGAGCAGCGACGCAGGUGCGAUCCGCUUCGAGCGCCCGGUAGUGGUGAUCAGUAACAGCGAGGACGAGGGGGGCCUUCCGCCACGGCCGACGUUCUCGAGAAAGGGAAAGAAGCAUGCCAAGAGGGCGCACAGCGAGGACUCCAUGUCUGCGGCACCCUUGGCAGGCGAUGAGGAAGAGGAGGAAGUGUACGUACGGAGAGGAAAACGCGCUGCGAAGAAGACUGUGGUCGUGCUCGACUCGGACGAGGAGGAGGAAGUACGGCCACCGAAAAAGCGCAAGUUGGUCAAAGGGGAGAGGCCGCCAACACCCGACGAGGACGGGGUGGACCUCAUGGACGAAGUGGAUGAGCACAGAAUCAUCGAAUCACGUUUGAGAACGCGAGACAAGCGUUCGGCGUUUCAGAAGAACUUGGAGAAGCUCAAACGCAAAAAGCGAGGGGAGAUCGUUCAGUCAGAGUCCGAGGAAGAUGAGGAGGAGGAUCCGGUACCAUUUGCUGGCGCCAAGCCCCACGACGGGUCUGACCAUUCCCAUGAUGAAGCGGCUGAGGAGGAAGAGGAGGACACAUUCAUCGUAGAAGAUGACUCAGCACAGGCCAUUGACCUUCCUGCUGAAUUCAGCAUGGGCACGUACCAAGACCUUCUCCACCACUUCAAGAUCGUCUGCCAAAUGUUCGUCCACAUAGUCGUCCAUGACCCGGAGGACAGAGCGGAGGUCGGAGACAGGCUCCGAGAGAACCAGUAUUUCUCCGUGCCUCUCAAAAUCGCGCGGAGGAAGCUGUCCGGAAUGCGCGACUCUCUCGUCGCCGGCUCGACGUGGAAACCGACGUUCCGCAAAGCCUUGGAUACAUAUCCGAACUUGGAAACUCAGCAUCUCGAGUUCACCGUCCUAGGUUGCGACGCUUGCAACCUUGGUGGUCGUAAGUCCACUAUUCAGGGCAGACUCAGUGGAGAACCUUACGAUCCUGUGACCUACGAGUCGGUGGGAGAGGUUGAGCCUAAUUCUGAUGACGAGGAAGGCUGCUGUACGAAGAAAGAGUUCCACCUGGGUCGGUUCUGCGCCAAAAGGACGCGAACAUACCACCAGUUCACUCACUGGGAGUUCCACCUCUUCCACGCAUUGCGAGAAGAGGUGGAGAUGUUGAAUUCCUCUCAGGACGAGCGCAGCUUCGUGAGGGUGGCCUACGCAAACGGCAAACAGCCACCGGAGGACCUGAGCGAUGCCGACGCGAUCAUGGACUGGCUCGACGAGCGACAGAUCAUCAACAUCCAAUGGCAGGAGAUCAAGACGAUGAUGGAGAACGCUCGGCAUCUUGAAGUCAGGGGCGGAAGGGGAGAUGACGCGGAUUCUGACUAGGCAGAAAUUUGAACAAAUCUGAAGGACCUUGCACUAGUACACUGCUACCUUGUGCGCUGGUCUCUUGUGAGCCGGUCGUGUGCUUUGUAUGAUGCUUUCGUAUAUUCGUAUGCUCCGACUUU